AUGUCCUGUUUCGUGGGAGGAUUCACAAGAGAAUAUGACACUGUGACUGCCAAUGACUUGAAUGAUACACUGUUGUACACCACAACAGGCAAUGGUCUGACAAUGAUGUCAAAUCGUCUCAGCUGGUUCUAUGACCUUCGCGGCGAAUCUUUGACCUUGGACACAGCUUGCUCGAGUUCGUUGGUUGCUCUCAGCCUCGCAUGCCAAAGCAUCAGAAAUUCAAAAAGUGGCAGCCGACAAUCACUGGUAGCAGGAUCCAACUUGAUUUUGGUUCCUGACCAGAUGACCACGAUGAAUCCAUUGCACUUUCUCAGUCCAGAUAGUCAGUGUUUCUCUUUUGAUGACAGAGCCAAUGGGUACGUCCGUGGUGAAGGUAUCGGCGUCCUUAUGCUCAAACACAUUGACGAUGCCAUUCGUGACGGCGAUUGUAUUCGUGCCGUGAUAAGAAACGUUGUGUGCAACCAGGAUGGUAAAACUCCUGGCAUCACCUUGCCAAGCUCAGAAGCGCAAGUCACUCUGAUGCGCAAGGCAUAUGAUUCGGCCCAUCUAUCCACGGACGUAACAGGGUAUUUUGAAGCCCACGGAACGGGCACUGCGGCAGGUGAUCCAUUGGAAGUUUCAGCUAUCGCCUCAGUAUUUGACCGCGCGAAACCUGGAUGCCGUCCCUUGUUGAUCGGUUCUGUGAAGCCUAACAUCGGUCAUUUGGAAGCAGCUGCAGGUAUGGCCGGCCUCAUUAAGACGAUUCUGGCUCUGGAAUCUGGUGUCAUCCCACCGAAUAUUAAUUUCGAAAACCCAAACCCAACGCUGGGGCUUGCAGACCGGAACCUCAAAGUCGUGACAGAACCAACCCCUUGGCCCACUAGCGGUCUGCGUCGAGCUUCUGUUAAUUCCUUUGGUUACGGUGGGACCAAUGCGCACUGCGUUAUCGAUGAUGCUUAUCACUAUUUGGCUACUCGAGGAAUAUUCGGUAAAUCCCGCACGAAGCCAUCACCUGCAGGCAUGAUAGCAAAUGGAACGUCGUCUGAGAACUCUAGUCAAGCUCCGCUUAAUGGCUCGAAACCCAAUAUUGGCCGGCUCCUUUUGUUCGUCAUAUCUGCUCCAGAACAAUCAGCUCUGGAACGGAUAGCGGCAUCACAAGCUGCAUACCUUCGAAAUCUUAUGGCCUCGGAACCCGAAACCGUUGACCAGGUGCUGAAGGAACUUGCCUUCACUUAUAGUAACCGUCGUAGCGUGUACCAAUGGCGGACAAGCAUUGUCUCUGAAAAUAGCAGAAACCUGACUAUAUCUCUCGAGCAAGUAAAUAAAGGAAUUCGUUCAAGGAAAGAGCUACGAGUACUCUUCUGUUUCACUGGACAAGGAGCACAAUGGUAUGCCAUGGGAAGAGAACUCCUCUUCUAUGAAGUUUUCGCGACAUCAGUAUCAGAUGCCGACCGAUAUCUAUUGUCAAUUGGUUCGCAGUGGAGUGUUCUCAAGGAAUUAACUGCUUCUGAAAAGUCUUCAAAUAUCAACAGCCCAAGAUUUGCGCAACCACUGUGCACUGUUUUGCAGAUAGCUCUAGUGGACUUAUUGAGGCACUGGGGCGUCAUGCCAAGCUCAGUUAUCGGACACUCAAGUGGUGAAAUAGCUGCUGCUUAUGCUCUUGGUGCGCUCUCCGCCGAGGACUGCUGGAAAGUUGCAUUCCACCGGGGUCGUUUGGUAGAAGAGAUGGGCUCUCUACACCCCGCACUCAAUGGAGGCAUGCUUGCCGUUGGUUUAGGCCAGGCAGAAACCAAGGCCUACAUCGAGAAGCUGUCAUUAUCAGAAAAGCAAACCCUAAGCAUCGCCUGCGUAAAUAGUCUGGAGAGUGUCACUGUAUCAGGAGACAAGGUUCUCAUUGACCAGCUAGAAGAGGUACUAAAAGUGGAAAAGAUCUUCGCACGGAAGUUGGCUGUAGAGAAUGCCUACCAUUCGAAGCAUAUGGAGCUUAUUGCAGUGCAAUACAAGCAAUCUCUACAAGAUAUCAAGAUACAAUCCGGUCACGAAAAAGUGUCUAUGUUUUCAAGCGUUACCGGAAGCAGAAUCAAACCUGAAGAACUAGGUGCUGAUUACUGGGCAGCAACGGGAGCGAGACGAAGAAGCAGCAAGGCGUCUGCAAUAGAUAUUGUACUUGAAAUCGGUCCUCAUGCAGCACUUGCCGGACCAAUCAGACAGUCGCUACAGCAGCUCAACAUGGCAGACAAGGUCACCUAUGCGUCGAUGCUUCGUCGCAAGGAGUGCAGUCACCGUGCAGCAAUCACAGCAAUGGGAAUGCUUUGGGCCGCAGGAAUAAAAGUCAUCGUAGAAAAUGUGAACAGCUUCUCAAGAGUACCGCAACAACAGAUUCCGCUAAUAGACCUACCAAAGUAUCCCUGGAAUCAUGAAGCUAGCUACUGGCACGAGAGUGCUCUCUCGAAGAGUUUGCGGUUCCGGCAUGCUCCAAGGACGGAUCUUCUUGGAGAACCCGUACGGGAAUUUACAAUGUUGGACCCCGGGUGGAAGAACUAUAUUCGUUUAUCUGAGCUGCCAUGGAUCUCGCAUCAUUCGGUCCGAGGCAACGACGUCUUUCCUGCUGCUGGUAUGGUAUGUGCUGCCAUCGAAGGAGCCAAGCAGAUCGCAGACCCGACUAAACCGAUCAAAAGAUUCGAAUUAGCUGAUGUAGUCAUCAGCCGAGCAUUGAUCAUUCCAGUGUCUGACCCCGGCAUUGAAGUCUUCACAAGGCUCAAACCGCAAAGACAUGGGCCCAAAGGUGCAACUUCCUGGUACGAGUUCACCUUCACCUCACUAGAUGCAUCAACCGGGCAAGAGCGUAAGUACACAGAGCAUUGCUCGGGCCUAGUGAGGACCAUCUACGAAGAUGGAAGCGAGACCACAAUGAAGGAGGACAAAGCGGCCGUUCAAAGAGAUCAAGAGGAAUACCAUAGAGCAUAUAAAACCUGUGAACAAAAUGUCACAGCAGAAAAGCAUUAUGAAGCGACUGCAAAAAUGGGGAUUGUUUAUGGUCCAUCGUUUCAAGGAAUUAAAACAAUCAAGGCAGGACACAACCAAGCCACAUUCACGGUCGAACUCCAGGACACACAAGCGACUAUGCCAGCGAACUUUGAAUAUCCGUUUGUUAUUCAUCCAACCUUGCUGGAUGCUGCAAUUCAAUCUGCAUACCAAGGACUGACCCAUGAUCGAACCAGUGAGGUUGGGGACGCAGUCGUUCCCACUGAGUUUAGAAAAUUGAGUAUUUCUGCAAAUAUCCCGAGUACGGCAGGCACGGAACUUGUGGGGUUUGUCAAUUCCAUUUGGAUUAGUCCUAAGGAUUGCGCUGCGACCAUUAAAUUAGGGUCCAAGCACUGGUCUGAGACGAUGCUUGAGCUUGAAAACUGUAUCUUUACCGGCCUCGGAGACUCAACUACGGAUAUGUCGCAUGAUCCAUCAGUGGUAGACCGGAGACUUGCCUCAAAGAACCUCUGGAAACCAGCUAUUGAUCUACUUGACCUAGCUGGCGAACAUGCACAACGAAUUCUCGGCAAAGACGUCGAAUCGCCGGAGUCAUUAAGUUUGGCCGAGGCUGCCUGCACGCAAGCAUCUACUAUCUUUAUUCAACGCGCGCUAAGAUCCCUCACCCCAGAAAUCGAGGCUUCCCUGACUGGCCACUGGAUCCCGUACCUCGAAUGGCUUCGCGGUAAAUACAAGGCAGCCUUGGAUGGUACAUUGCCUUACCAGGAUGAUGCGAAGGAAGAUUGGCUAAACAUGACAUAUGACCGGGAGGAAGAGUUUCUCGAAGAAUGCAGACAGCUCUAUCCUGCAGAUAUCAACCUUCUCUACGCUGUAGGCACGAAACUAGCUGAAAUUAUCGACGGCUCGCAGCCACCGCUACCAGUUAUGCUUGUGGAUGAUAUGUUGACCAAGGUCUAUGCUGAUGCACAUGGAAUGGCAUCUGGACUCGGUAUAUUCAAGCAGUGGUUCGAUCUCAUGGGCCACAAAAAACCUGACAUGAAAAUUCUUGAAGUCGGAGCGGGUACAGGAUCCGUCACAUUGCCGGUGUUGGAGAUACUUGUAAGUCGUGACAAUCGUACACCUCGUGUCAGCUCCUACACAUUCACCGACAUUUCGAGCGGAUGGUUCGAAAGGGCGCAAGAGCUAUUCGAACCCUGGGCGGGUCCCUUAAAAUACCAGAAGUUAGACAUCGAGCAGGAUCCAUUGACACAAGGAUUUGAGCCGGAAUCUUUCGACGUUAUCGCUGCGAGCAACGUCUUGCAUGCUACGAAGCGUUUGGAUAUCACGUUGGCUAACUGCUACAAAUUGCUGAAACCAGGAGGCAAAAUCAUCAUAGGAGAGCUUACAUGGUGCCCAACUCAGGUGGGUUUAAUCUUUGGCACGCUACCCGGAUGGUGGCUCUCUGAGGAUGGCAGAACUGGUGGCCCUGUCAUCGGCCAAGAAGAGUGGGACAGGCAUUUACGAAAGUGCCAAUUCACCGGGCUCGACAUGGCAAUCGCAGCACAGGACACCCGUGGCGCAAAGAUGCUCUCCGUAAUGGUAUCUACCAAAUUUGUUCAUCCGAACUAUCCAUCACUGCAGAAAGUGGUUAUCAUCGAACCAUUGAUACAAUCAGAAGUCGGCACGGCGAUCCUUGCUGGUGUCGAAGCUGCCUUCGAAAGUGAGGCCAUCGAGACUACAACCGUGAGCAUAAGCGAAGCAGGCUUUCUAGCAGAUGCUAAUCAACUAAACAAAGACAACGUUGCAACUGUGUGUCUAGUUGAAGCCGUAACUCCUGUAUUCGCACGGCCUACCCUGGAGGUCUUCGAAAACGUACGCAAGGUGAUCACAAAGAGUAAUGCUUUGUAUUGGUGCGCCUGCAACAACGCACCAGAUGGAACAGCCCCACCGGAAGCUUGCGCCAUUUCUGGUCUGCUUCGAACGGCAAGAUCAGAGUUUCCUCGUCUGAGACUUCACGAGAUUCACUUACAUGAUCGUAGAGUUGACGAAGCCCAUGUUUGUGGAGGACUCAUUCAGCGCACCGUACAAACGACCUGGGCAGCUCAAGAUCACUACGUGCAUGAGAAUGAAAUAUCAGAGAGGGGCGGCAUCCUCGCAAUACCAAGAAUUGUGGAUGAUGAGCCUCUAAACAAGAUGUUGCGCAAUAUUGGCAAACCCCCAAAGCUACAAGAACAAUUAAUUCUGGGGCGAGGUCGACCAGUCAAACUCCAAAUGUCCAAGAACAACAAGGUUGAGGGUCUUCACUUCACAGAAGACAAAGAGGUGGUUUUACCGCUCCUUGAGGAUUUUGUCGAAGUUGAAGUCAAAGCCAAUGGAAUCAAUGCCAUCGAUGUUGAGGUUGCAUCCGCCAGAACCCCAGGUCUUCAUAUCGGCUAUGAUAUCUCUGGAAUCAUCUCAAAAGUAGGGUCUCAUGUUCAUCGACUCCGCAUUGGUGACAGAGUUGCCCUCACACGCCAAAAUUCAUUCCGCUCUCAUGUACAUGUCCCUGAAUAUGUCCCUCAGGUCAUCCCUUCCAAUAUCAGCCUGGAGCAGGCGGCUGCCAUUCCAUUUACCUAUGUAGCAGCUUAUCACGGUAUCUUCGAGCUUGGCCGUGUCUCAAAGGGAGAGAAAGUUCUUAUUACCCAAGCGGCCGGAGGCCUCGGAAAUGCUCUAAUCACUCUUUCGCAACAUGCUGGAGCUGAGGUGUAUGUCACAGCUGCCUCAGCCGAAAAGCGCAAAUACCUCGAGCACCAAUUCAACAUCACACCGGACCAUAUUUUUGAUUCUUCGAGUCCAUCGUUGAUGCGAGCAGUCAAACGCCAAACUAAUGGCGAAGGUUUCGAUAUCAUUUCGAAUACUCUCGGCGGGGAACAACUGCUAGCAUUGUGUAGCUGUAUCGCUCCAUUUGGCCGAUUUUUGAAUUGGAACCAGGACGACGUGAAGGCCAACGCAUCCGUCCAGUUGAGAUGCCUAGGACAGAAUAUCAGCUUCUCGUGUGUUGAUAUGCCAAAACUACUGGAGAAAGCUCCUCAGCGUGCAUCCCGCAUAUUGGCGCAAAUCUUCUCAUUGCUCCAAAGCAAGGCCAUCAAACUCAUCGAACCUACUGUGUUCGAUUACUCUAACCUACAAGAGGCGUUUGCAGCAGCUCAAGACCGCAAGCAUAUUGGAAAGAUUGUUCUUCGACUAAGAGAAACUUCAAGGGGUUUGGGAGUGCCUUACGACUCGCAUCCUCUGGAGAUACGGCCUGAUGUCACUUAUGCGAUCUCUGGCGGAUUGGGAGGUGUGGGCCGUGCGGUCGCAUGCUAUCUUGCUGAUCACGGAGCCAGGCACAUUGCUUUGCUGUCCAGAUCAACAACAGUCAGAGGACUUGCCGUUGAAACAAUCAAGUAUUUGAAGGAUUUGAACGUGGACGUUCAAGUCAUUCCUUGCGAUGUCACUAUUAAAGAAGCAGUGCAGAAGGCACUAGACACGAUCAACAGCAAUAUGCCUCCAGUCAAAGGUGUUAUCCACGGUGCAAUGCAGUUGAAUGACGGCCUUUAUGAAAAUAUGACAUACGAGCAAUGGACAUCUGCCACCAAACCAAAAAUCGAAGGCACAUGGAAUAUGCACGAUGUGAUGCCGAAAGAUUUGGACUUCUUCAUUAUGCUCUCCUCGAUCGCCGGAAUUUGCGGCAACCCUGGACAAUCAAACUACUCUUCCGGAAACAGCUAUCAAGAUGCAAUGUCUCAUUAUCGACGAAGCCUCGGACUGAGAGCCUGCACCAUCGACGUUGGUGGUGUCGGCAGUUUCGGAUGGCUUGAAGAAAACAAAGAUGGUUCGACCUUCGUGGAGGUGGUGAAACAUCUGAUGAUCAACCCCGAUGAGUUUUUUAUCAUAUUCAAGAGUGCUGCCACUGGUUACACUUCCUUCGAUAACCCUUGUCCAACCCAAUUGAUUACAGGUAUUGGCACAGGAGGCAUGAGUGCCGUACACGUGGCGGCUGGCGGCAAGAAUGAUUACUUCUGGUUAAUGAUGCAGGGCCGGUUCGCUUAUCUCAAGCAGCUGGAUGCCCAAUCAACUAGCAUGCAGCUCCCUGACUCUGGUGGAGGACAAUUCAAGACAAAGCUGGCUGCUGCGACUUCGACAUCGGAGGGAGCCAUCAUUGUACAAGGCGCCCUUGUAGCGAAACUCGCCAAAUAUGUAAUGACAGCGGCCGAAGAUAUUGACACUAAUCUCCCUGUUUCUUCCUAUGGUGUUGACUCUCUUGUCGCCGCCGAAUUGAGGAACUGGUGUGUAGCUGAAAUCGAGGCUGAAGUCUCUGUUUUCGAAUUUUUAAAUGCUAUACCGAUUAGCACUCUGGCAUACCAGAUUGCAGAGAAAAGCACAUUGUUACCUGUGAUGGUGGAAAGAAACUGA